CACACCUUAGGGCGUGUCUUGCGCCCCGGCGGGAGUGUCGGGGGGCGUGGAGGGAAGUUCGGGCUUAGAGCCGGGAGGCUCCGCACGUUCGGCACCGGCGGGGCGAGGCGGUCAGUCUGCGGUGGGGAGGGCAGGCAGUCGCGCUGCUGGGCCAGGCCGGGCCGGGCGCUCGCACCUGCUGAGUGGCGGCCGCAGUCGGCGCAGGACGGAGGCGCUCCGCGCAGGUGUCCAAGAACACUGAUGGCAAACUUUAAGGGCCAUGCUCUCCCAGGGAGUUUUUUCUUGAUAGUUGGACUGUGGUGGUCAGUGAAGUAUCCACUGAUAUACUUCCACCAAAAGGGGAAAAGCAGCCAACUGACUCAUUACCAUCAGCGCCUUGAGAUCAUUGAAGCCGCAAUCCGAACUUUGUUUUCAGUCAUUGGGAUCCUGGCAGAGCAGUUUGUUCCAGAUGGGCCCUACUUCCACCUGUACCAUGAAAACCAGUGGGUGAAGUUGAUGAACUGGCAGCACAGCACCAUGUAUCUGUUCUUUGCAGUCUCGGGAAUCGUGGACAUGCUCACCUAUCUCGUCACCCACGUUCCCCUGGGGGUGGACAGAUUGGUUAUGGCUAUGGCAGUAUUCACUGAAGGUUUUCUCUUCUACUACCAUGUCCAUAACCGACCACCCUUGGACCAGCACAUCCACUCACUCCUGCUGUGUGCACUGUUUGGAGGGACUUUCAGCAUCUUCUUAGAGGUGAUCCUCCGGGACAACAUUGUGCUGCAACUUUUCCGAACCACUCUUGUUAUUCUUCAGGGCACCUGGUUCUGGCAGAUCGGGUUUGUGCUGUUCCCACCGUUUGGAGCACCCGAAUGGGACCAGAAAGAUGAAGCAAACAUCAUGUUCAUCACCAUGUGUUUCUGCUGGCACUACAUGGCUGCCCUCUGCAUUGUGGCCAUCAACUACUCUCUCGUUUACUGCCAUUUGACUCGGUUAAAGAGGUGCGGAGGAGAAAUCAUUGGGAUUCAGAAGCUGAAGUCAGAUCACACUUACCAGACGGCCCUCCUGACUGGCUCAGAUGAAGAGUGAGGAGGCUACCCGUCAUCAGUGCGGGGUGGACAUGUCCCUUUGAGCACAAACAGCUAGAGUGUGCAAAGGUGUAGCUUGUCUCCUCCAUUUCAAUGCUUCCUUUGAUCUGCUCUUACAGUUCUAUGUAUUUGCACUUUCUCAUUUAAUUGGCUAAAGUUUGUGUUGCUGUGGUAUCCUUCAUAAAGAAAAAUGACGCAAGCCUUUAUUUUUGUCUCAGUAUGAAGAGAAAUCAAAGACUCUGAAAGUUUGAGAACAGGAAGUGGCCACGGGAUGAGUCUGGGAUAGGAAUCCAGCAGAACAUCCUGCUUUUGAUAACUUCUCUCUUUUUCAAAUUUCAAGAAAACAGGUACUUUCUUAUCAGAAAGUAAAUACACGGGACUGACUUUAUUUUAAAGAUACAAUUCUACCACAUACUUCUUAAAGUAAAAUAGUUCACAAACUUUGGUACUUUAAAUGUUACUAAACAUUUCCUAAUUUACCAUUAAUAUUCCAGAGUACUGUGAUAUCACUGAUAAGUCACGACAUUGGGCCAAAGGUAUUGUUUUGUUUUGUUUUGUUUUUUUAAUCAGAAAGCUAGUCAGUGGCCCAGCUGAGAGCUGGAACACAAAUGUUCUGGCUCCUCAAAAGAACUCUAAUAAGAAGACACUAACAGGAAGUCUGUAUAAUGAGGUAGAAAAAUGGCAGGUUGCCGAAGACCUUGAAUUUCAAUACAGCUGAAAGCAAAGCGUAAGAAUCGUGCAAAAGAUGUGACUCUUGAACUAGUAAUAUAAAGUCCUGACAGUCUAAUCUUCGUUCUGGAUCUGGUUUUUUCUUUUUUUUAAAAAACUUCCUUCAACAAAUAUUUAUUAAACAUCUACUUUGCGCCAGCACUGAAAUGGUUGAAAGGAUUAAGGAGAUCCCUGUCCAGCAAGGAAUUCAGUCUAAUGGCGAAGAUAUGAAAGCGUUUACAUACAGGGUGACUGGUGCCCUAAGGGGUAAGUACAACUACAAGGGAGGGGAGAAGAUGGGGAGUUUGCCCUGUAGGAAAAAAAAAAAAAGCACGUUCCAGGCACAGAGAAUAGGAUGCACAAAGGCCACAAAAUCACAAAGGAACAUGGAGAGUUGGUAAAGUUCUACAAACGGAUAAAAGUGGCCUAGGCCAACUCUGAAAGGUCUUCCAGACCAAGUACCGUUGGUUUGCACAACACUUUCCACACUCUGAAAUGCACUGUAUCCCACCUGAUUCGCACAACCAUCUGUAAUGGAAGCCACGUUAGGUUCUUCAGAGAAGUUGAUUAGCCAAAGGUCACACAGCUACCAACUUGGGAAGCCAGCCUUCAGGACUCAAAAGCCAGCUUCCUUCCUGCUACUUCCCACAAAUGCGGUAGAGAUCUUUUACACAAAGCACCGGGUGCUCUCUGGAAGAAAUGCUGUACUUAAGUGAAAGCUGACCUCCCACGGUUAGCCAGCCUUUUAAUGCUGAAGUCACACGUCAGAGGUUAAGAAUGAGCUACUUGAAAAUAUAGUUAUGAGAAGAGAACCUGUAGUCCCCUUUCAGGGUCUACUUUCAUUGGCCUGCUCACUAGGAAACCAAACUUUCAUUCAACAAGUACUGAAGGAUCUAUUAUGAGCAAUUAAUUUAAAACAUAUUCUUUCUUUAGAGACUGGAGGUGGGUAUAAGGAACCUAUUCCCAGUUUUACUUUCAUAGUAAAGAUUUCUAUUUUAGGUUUGAAGGGUGGGGGAAGUGUACCACACUCUAAGGAAAUGCAGUAUUUUCUCCAGAGCAAGCAGUUGAGGUGUGAAGACCAGAUAUAUAAUAUUGAAACUUACUGUAAAAUCCCUUUCACAGCAGCAGUUUGGGGUACCUUCAUGGAAUUGGUCAACCCUGGAGAAAAACAUUCUUAGAUGGGUUUACAAUACAAACCCAUCACAAACAAUGCUAUUCACCGAAUCCGGUCUUAGACAUGUGGUCUGACCACUUUUACCAACCUCUGAACCUCAGCGUCAGAGGCUCAGUGGCUGCCAUGAGUUCUUCUGGACUUACUCCCCCCCAAAACAGCCACCAUCGCUACCACAUCUCUACAAGACCCCUGAGGUCUGUAUGCACAGAACCACAUUGCACAGCAUGCAAAUGCUGGUGACGUCACUUCACCAACUCCAGCUGGGGCUUGCCAUUCCUCAGUACUCCACUGACAGGCUGGGCAGUACCAAAUCGUACUUACCAGGGAGUCAGUCCUACACUAACAUCCUGAAACAUCCCUGUUCCCCAAGCAUGCAGACAAAUGUCUGCAAGCACUCAAGAGACAGGCACAGCCAGGUGACUUCAGUAAAGAAAAGUCAGUGAAGAGUUGGAGCUGAAUGCCAGAGCUACCUUCAUGAAAUCCUUUGUUAAGUAAAUUCGGAAGGGGUUUGUUUUAACCAACAAUAAAUACCUGAGACAGGAUCCCUCAAAUUUCUACCGUUUUCUCAUUCAGACACUGUCACGUGGACUCUUCAUAUGAAAUGUGCCUCUAGGAAGCAAUGAUGUGCAAAUAUCAAAGUACUGGAGAACACAGACGUGCUCUCCUCCACUCGGCUAAAAGGCCAUUUUUCUCCUUCACGGCAGUCCCUACCUCUCCCCCCUUCCCAGUGGGACAUCUGUGCCGGCCCCCCACUACUAGCAAAAGCUCAGUCACCUCUCCGCCAAUUCGCCUCAGCUCUCUGUACCUUGGGCUUACCACCCUAGCUCCAACUGUCCCCACAGCUCAGCAUGACAUACAGCCAUCCUCCCCUAGGAAGGCAAAAGAAAGGAUACUUAAAAUCAGGAGGCUGGAUUUAUGUCUUUUUCUCUUUAACCUCAACUCAGGCUCACCACUUCUCCCAGAGAUGAGAAGUUAGAAGACGGUUGAUGAUGUCUAUUUACAGAACUGCUUUAAAAAUCAAAUGCAAGGUCUCAAAAGCCACAAGCCACCCUGACCUUCUCUGCAAUCUUCCUGAUCACUCAGCUUCCACCUUGCAACCCCUCUAAACUAGACCAUUGGGACCUUCUGCCCCUCAACUCCACUUCCUCACCAGGCCCCAUAAAAGAUCAUCACUGAACUUCCAGAUUAAAGACACAUCUUUAAUAAUCUGGAAACGAGAGAGAGGCUCUGACACUGCAGAACAGCCUUGCCAUCCAACCCCUGCUCCCAUACAAAAGAGGUAUAUAUUGUUAACAACCAGUGCUUUAUUUACUUACUACAUUUAAAAAUACUGUUCUGAGCUCUGCCACAGCUUGACGGAGGCUGAGAAAUGAGAGGCAGCCAGGAUUAAAGGACUUGUAAACCCCGACUGACCUCUCCUGUGACUGUGCUGCUUCGUCCGCCCAGUGGGCACACCCACUCUCUCCUCUUGCCGCCUCUACUCUGGAACAGAAGCCUGCAAAGUUUUACUUAACGGGCCUGAGGACAUAAGAGACAUUUUAGGCCUGAGGAACAUCUGGACUCUAUGGCAACUACUCAGUUCUGCCUCCUGACUGCAAGCAGCCAAGGAUAAUACAUAAGCAAAUGGCCAUGGGCUGUGUUCCAAUAAGACUUUAUUUACAAAAACGGGUAGCCAGCCCCAGGGCUGUGGUUUGCAGACUCUUGCCCUGGAGCAAAGCAAAACAUAUAAUCUCUGAACUGCAAUAAAGUCUAUGCCACAAGAGCAGCAUGUCUGCUGGCACUUGCCUAUCCUGUCCACAGGCUCUGGACUUCUGUGUGAACAGGCCUGACAAGGAGGACAAAGUCAGCAGAUGAAGAUACGGACCACAGUCAAGAUCCUGAUACCUCAUCUUUAUGAGGUAGUGCCAAACUAAUCCCAUUUCAGGGAACCCAUGCUCUCUCACUUAUCUCGCUCCCUUGGUUUCUUACCCAGCUGACAGCCUCCCCAUUGCCAUGCAACUCUCAAGUCAGCCACCAACUCACUGAGAAUCCUGCUAUUCUCCCAUUCUGGUCAAGAGAAUAAUCAGUUCAGGGCAGUGGGGAGUGGGGGCUUUAUAAAGCCCAGGUUUCCACUGGAUAAAGACAUACAACAGGUUCUUUAAAAAAAUAAGUUACGUAAAAAUUUCUGGACAUAAAAUUCCUAUCCAGACCACUAGUCACAGAGAAGACCAGAAGCUAAAAAAAAAAUACAAUCCACAUCGAGAACGAGGCUUACUGACGGUCUGCAUGCUCUGCAGCUGUAAGCCUUCCCCCGGUGUCUGGCUCUCAGGAGAGAACCAUGGCUCGUGUGGCACAACUAUGACUUCAUCCCCAAACAGAGGAGCUUCUCCUGGAUCGGAGCGGAACAGCCCUUGGAGCCUGGAGGGGACUUUUCUCAGCAUGCUCCACUGUGGAGUGUGGUGGCAGAAUCCACGCCACUGUUGCCAUCAUCCCACUGCUGGCCUUCCCUUCAACAGACAAGCUGAGAAGGACGACACAACCUCCCUGCUCCCCUCCUUUAAGCCAGAAGGGCAGCCUGGGUGUGUGCUUUCAUGGACGUCAUCUUUCUCUCUCUGAAUCACUGCUGUUCAGGUGCCUGUUUAGGAGAUGGAGCUGUGGUCACAACAACAGUGGAGACUGCUUUGGAGGAACCAGAAGCUGUUCCCUGUUGAAGAUGGGAUGCAGGGACAGUCUGGAUGCGCACCUGUUUGCAAAGAGAGACGGUCUGGUCAACAGGCUGCAAACGAGCUCCUCAGCUGAGAGCAAACAGCAAGAGAAAAAGAGGCCUGGUAGAGCCCACUGUUUGCCUGGAACCUUACCUGCGUGGCCUGGCCUUGCUGCUGAAGCUGCUGCAACUGCUGGGCAGUGAGGAAACUAACCGGCUUGUUGCCGGCAAUGAGCUUAGUCCCCGCUGGCAUGGUGGUCAGGAUGAUAUUGCGGCCCAACCCGCCGAGGCUGUGAAUGGAAAGCACCAGUGAAGCAUAAUGACAGGCAGGGUGCUCUCUCUGGCCCAGAAUGAGGCCGCAUGUUUAAGGAAAACAGGAAGGUCAGCAGCACAGUGAAAAUUCCUGCAUUCUAGACUGAAAUGGAAACCAGCUGGUGAGACCACCUUUCUCCUAGCUUCUAUGCUUCCCAUGAAAAAAGAGCAAGCCCAAAGGCCCCCAGGGCUCUGGAUACAAUGACCCCGACAUCCAUAUCUCGAUCAGCAGAAAUAAUGGACAGGACCCCAGGAAGGUGUGUGUUUCAGACAAGAAACUCUCCCCCAAAACAGCCACCUUCCAACCAUCAGACUGAUUUCAUCAUGCCCCUUAUCCUGGUUUAAGUCAAAACCAAAGGAAGGCCAGCUUCCCAAGUAAGACCUCCUGCUCAGAAUACCACAGCACGGGGCUCAAAUGUGAAAGCGAGGCCUUCCCCAACACCCACACUGGAAACUGCCAUCUGAGCCAUGUCACCAGCCCUCCCCAUUCCAGAAUGUUCUGUCGUCCCCUUCCUUGCUUUUCCUCCACAGUACACACCACCACCCCAUAGGGUAUUUUACUCUAUAAUUUCUCUCCUCACCCUACAAGGUAAGCUUGAAGAUAGCACAGCUUUUUGUCUGUUUUAAUCGCUUCUCUGUGUCCCUGGCACCUGAUACUAGGUGUUCAAUAAAUACUGUUGGUGAGCACAACAAAGGAGAAAUACUCAAGAAGAGCCCCAGGAAAACUAGCUGCCUCUCCACUAUGUGGCAAGGAGCCACCUGGAAGCCCCACCCGCCCAUCACUACAGCACUUACUUGGCUCCAAGGUUGCCUUUGAUGAUGGGGGCCGUGACCACACUUUUGCCCUUCAUAGGCUGGCUAAUAACAGAGAGAGGAACUGUGAUCCGCGUAGGCAGCUUCCCCUAAAGAGAAAAUGAAAUCAGGUUUACAGGCUAGAUAAGGAAACCCCAAGUGUCACGUACAGGGCCAUAGAACUGAGGAGUGAGCACUCAGAUACUCUCUUUUCCUGUAUGCUGCAGGGUCCCGAUAUUUCUGAGGUGUGGGCCCAGGCUGCCCUCAUAAAACUGCCAAUAGGCUGUAGUUAAGAACUCACGUACUGUAUUUAGGUAGUCUCUGAUCUAACAGCUCCUCGUUCACACUACCUACAAGAGCAACAACCAUAUAAAACUGCUGCCAGCAGGAUAAAUAGGUGCACUAAAUCACUAAGGAAAGCGUGUGUUCACUUGAGCACAGUAAGAGUCUGAGCUCCUUCGAGGCCAGGCUCCUCAUCAUCCGUGUGCCUCCCGAUACCUGGCACGCAGUACUGAAGGAAGUGUGAUGAAGGACACAGGCACUCAGGAGUUAACAGAGUGCAUAACUACUGCUUCACUGGGGCGCAGGCUCACUGGUAGGGAGCAGACAGCAGGGCACGCUAGAUUAGCAACAGGUCACAUUUUCCAGGUGCUUUCCGUCUCUCCCAGAGAUAAGAGGUUAGUUAAGGGACAUUAAUAAUAAACUCAACCAAGUGAAAAGUCCAACCCCAAAGCCAGUAAGGUCGGUCUAAAAGGAACAAAACAGAAGGUGACCACGCCUAGUCUUUGGGAUUUCAGGAUGGCAAAGAUGAGCUCACUGCAUCACCUGUUUUUAGGCCACCUGCUUUUUAACCCCUGGUUGGUAAUAAAAUUUAUAUAUAGUAAAAUCUUGUGUGAAUCUGAUUUUAAAAACAGAUUCAAGAGAAGUAGUUGCUAGGAUACUAAGAAAAAGCAUCGACAUUUCCCUUGAGCAAGCUAUUGCUAAAGAAGCCAGGCCCUCAGGUGCAAAACUGUGUCACAGUUCCCCAUACCAAUCUCCACAGUUUACUCACAAUUUUUAGUGCAUCAGAAAGCACUGAAAGAUGUCAACAGAAAACAGAAUACCUUGAGAUGGUGCCUCCAGGUGGAUUUCCUGGUGGUUUUCUUAAGAAUGCCUAAGUUGUGUCAAAAGUUUCAGACCACCACAACAUCAACUGGAAUCACCCCUUGGUGAACUAGCCUAACUAGCUGACUAGAUGGAGAAAAGAAUCACUGCUCACUACUUCCCACCCCCUCACAUGCUUUUCAGGUUCAGGUGCCCCUGGCUACUACCUUUCUGUGUGAGGAGUCGAGAGCAAAGUGGACCAAGUAAGCACUGUUUCCUUGCUUCCUUAAUUUUUGUGAUAUGAGAACUUAAAUAAAUACUUCCUUUUAAGCCA